CCAGGCUGGACAGAAGAACUGCUGAAGGCUGUUUAGGCCGCUGACUGGACAGUACCUGCCAGAAGCUGAGCCCCUCUGUCCAUGUCUGCUGCUGGAGGCCGCUGACGCAAACACCGUCCAGCCACAGCGUAUUUAAACCCGCAGGAUCUCUACCUGCUCAGACACAGUGAGAGAGGCAGGGCGAGAGAGCAGACCUACACAACCACGCAGGGACCUCCUCACCAACACCACACAGACCGAGGUGAACGCUGGGCAGAGAUGACCUCAGACAGCAGCAGCAGCAGCAACAACAGCAUUAGUGUCAGCGACGUGUCCAGCUGUCCAACACGAGCAGUCAAUGGGCCAACUACUCCCAGAAGAGGACCACCCAAGUUCAAACAGAGGAUGACCAGGCACUUCAAGAGCAAACCACCCAAGAAGGGAGUUAAAGGAUUUGGAGAUGAAAUCCCUGGAAUGGAGGGUCUUGGAACCGAUUACACCGUGGUGUGUCCCUGGGAGGCCUUCAGCCACCUGGAGCUGCACGAGCUGGCUCAGUACGGCAUCAUCUAACCCACUCACUCUGAACCGUUCACCUCGACUCCUUAC